AUGAGAUCCUUAAAGCACCUGAAACCUCACAGCAGGAGGAGCGUGGAGGAGGCGAGCCGGCGCCUGGGUAGAUGUGAGCCCAAGGUAAUGGCCAGGCUGGUGGACAUAGGCACACAGACAGAUCCAGUUGUUGUGCUGUCCUUAGCCCAGGCCGCCGUGCUAGGUCUCAUCUCCCAGAAUGAAGUGUUUGGAGCUACUAUUGCACCCAACGGCUUCUACACCGGUGAACCCAAAGAGUCCCCUGUGCCCCCAGUAGACGGAGUGGACUACGAGUACGCAGACCAGCUUAUCGGAGCCAACGGAGAUUACUUAGGAGACAACUUGGGAGAAGACGGUCAGAUGCAACCCAGCUGCAGUCAGAGGAGGUGGCAGCAGGGGCCACCUCAACAUCCUGACGGGAAAAUGGUUGGCCCCGAUCGUCACAGCCUUCAAGGCGGUGACGUGUCCUCGUCCCAUGUGAAAGGGGAAGGGGUGAACUCUGCAAUGUCCUCCUGUGUCCACAUGCUUAACAACAUGGCUCCCAGAGGUGGUUUAGUACAAGUCGAUCCAGCCACCCUCAGAGGCACCAACAAGAACUGUGCAGAGUGUGAGCGGGAAGCAAGUAACCAGCAGCAAGCCAACACACACGGCCACCCUCCUACCCCUCAGGUGGGCCACAGAGGAGGGGAGCAGGGCCACAGAGGACUGCAGGGCCAGCGCCCUAUGGGGGGCCACGGUCGAGGUGGCAGAGAGGAUGAAGAAGAGGUAGAACACCAGGGGAACAACAUGAUGAAGCCCACACAGCAGGAGGAAGCCAUCAGCAGCUACUUCCAGACCAGUGAAGUGGGCAGCUAUGAUUCGGCGGAAAUGGGCAUGGGGGGCGAGUACGAAGACAGCAGCCAGAGCAUGAUGUGGACGGACGGGAGCGGAGGAGGGCAGCACCCGCAGCCUCCGCACCCCCAGCCUCCACGUCGGCACGGCGGUCGCAGAGUAGACCGGCUAGAUAUCAACAUCCAGAUUGACGAAUCUUACUGCGUAGAUGUGGGAGACGGGCUGAAGCGCUGGAAGUGCCGCAUGUGUGAUAAAUCAUACACCUCCAAAUACAACCUGGUCACACACAUCCUGGGACACAAUGGCAUCAAACCACACGCCUGUCCACACUGCGGGAAGUUAUUCAAGCAGCCCAGUCAUCUUCAAACCCACCUGCUAACCCACCAAGGUACGCGGCCCCACAAGUGCACCGUCUGCAAGAAGGGCUUCACCCAAACCAGCCACCUGAAGAGACACAUGCUCCAACACACUGACGUCAAGCCGUACAGCUGCCGCUUCUGCCGCCGCGGCUUCGCCUAUCCCAGCGAGCUGCGAGCGCACGAGGUGAAACACGAGCGGGGUCGCUGCCAUGUGUGCUCGCAGUGCGGCAUGGAGUUCCCCACCUACGCCCACCUCAAACGCCAUCAGACGAGCCACCAGGGACCCCACACCUUCCAGUGCACCGAGUGCAACAAGUCAUUCGCCUACCGUAGCCAGCUCCAGAACCACCUCCUGAAGCACCAGAGCCCAAGGCCUUACACCUGCUCCCAGUGCGGCCUGGAGUUUGUGCAGCUCCACCAUCUACGUCAGCACUCACUCACUCAUAAGGGAAUGAAAGGCCACAAGUGUGACGUGUGUUCUCGAGAGUUCACCCUGUCUGCCAACCUGAAGAGGCAUAUGCUCAUCCACAACAGCGUCAGGCCCUUCCAGUGUCACGUCUGCUUCAAAAGCUUCAUCCAGAAACAGACUCUCAAGACCCAUAUGAUCGUCCACCUGCCUGUUAAGCCAUUCAAAUGCAAGGUAUGUGGCAAGUCCUUCAACAGAAUGUACAACCUGCUGGGCCACAUGCACCUCCAUGCUGGCAGUAAACCCUUCAAGUGUCCUUACUGCACCAGUAAGUUCAACCUGAAGGGGAACCUCAGCAGGCACAUGAAGGUCAAGCAUGGAAUGGACGUUUCACCAGAGGGACAAGAAGUUCUUCCAGAAAUGGAAAACCAGGGGGAGUAUGAAGGACAGAACUUCAGCUUUACAUCACCGGACAGUAUGGACAAUGGUGGCUCCCAAAACCUCACUAAACUCACUACAGCAAACAUGGAGGACAUGGAGGAGUAUUACAACUUCGGCAAGGACACAAGCAGCUACACUACACCUUGAGUAGUGACGGACCAGAAAACAUGAUUUGGGAAUUUUUUUUUUUUUUUCCUCAGAGCAGAAGGAAAUUACAGAGUUGUUGUUGAGGCUUUGGGAGACUCUGGGGAAAGGGUUUUCUUUUUUAGUUUUGGCCUCCUUCCAGAAGAGCCAGAACUGAUGGACUCUGAUGGGAGGCCAGGAAGGAGACACACAUCAAAGGAGAUGUUUCAGUUCUGUUGCUUAUAGCAGAGGCACUGAAACUGUUGACGCAGUCUGGAGCUCCUGUUUUUUUUUUUUUGGCGGGGGGAAGGUGGGCGGGGGGAUUACUACGCUAAUCGACUCCAAGACUCUCUCUGGGGGACAUUGAAAUCUGUAUGUUGUGUGUAUGUAUCAGUUAUUUGAAAAGAACAAAAAAUGAAAAAACAUUGCAGUUGCAGAGCCAUCAGUUACAUUUGAUGUGAUAGAAAUUUGUUUACCAUUUUGCCAUUUUUUUUUAUUUUGUUGUCAUUCACAACCAAUGUAUGCCCUUAUAUUUUUGACUGAAAGUGCCAGCUUGAUACAUUUGCAACUAAGCUUCCACCGUGUCAGCUAUUUACUCACUGUAUAUCGAACUUUUGAUACAUAGCCACAACAUAUCCAUAGGUUUGAAUGUUCUUACUAAACAAUUCCUAAUUGUCGUUACCCGUUCAAGCCCUCAAGUUUCAAAUUUGAACAGGCCGGUCUUUCAGUGCGUUUGUGCUCUUCGCAGCGGACGUUGUAGCCUUUUUCUUACCAGGGCACUUACUACCAAAGUUGCUACUGUCCCCAUGUCGGCCGAUACCGGAAAACCAUGUUGCCGGCAUGUAAAGCCCUCUCACUGUACAAAUGAUUCUGCAACAUGCAGCGUGUUUACCCAUCGUUUUUGUUUCACAUGGUUUAGCUUUACAUUAAUAAUCAAUCCCGUGUAGUGAAUAUACUGCUCUAGUUUUUGAAUUACUGCGUGAACAAUACGAAGCACUUUUUCAUUGAGACCUGUGAUUUUUUUUCUGUGGAGCUUGUCUUCAGUAAGAGUGAACUCAUUUGCCUCAAAGAGAAGAGCUUGGGGAAAUAAGAUCAUAGAAUCUUUUAAACCCCAUAACGGCAAUAUUAUUAAAAACAAACAGAUAUGCUUUCUCAGUAGGUUUUUGUAAACUGCAUUUUCCCUGAUAUGGUACUUCACAGUUGUCAGUUCAAAUGCGAAUUGAAGAAUGAGCAAUUUGUACGGAGAAUCAGCAGUUUGGGUUUUUUUUUUUUUGUUUGUUUGUUUGUUGUUGUUUGUAGUUUCAGCACUCUCAAAUCCAGGGCUGUUUUCACUUAACUUUCAAUUCACUUAAUUCUGAAAGAUAUUUUCCCCCUUAAGGGGAAAAAAACACUGAAAUGGAUACUAAAUCUAAGAUGUAGAUUUAAAAGAAGUAAGGAAAUAUUUGGAGUUCUUGGUUACAUUUUGUAAUGGUUGAAUUGAAAGUGGACUGGCACUAGUCCUGUUAUUCAUAAUUCUGUUUUGGGGAAGACAGUUCGCUCCCCCUGUCCUGCCAUGCAGGUCAGCCUUGAUAUGCACACUAAACCAGAGGAAUGGUCUACUAGUUCUUUUUUCAGAUGAGGAAUAUCAAACUGAGACCUCAUGGAAAUUGACCAUGAAUUAUUUAAUAAAGGUUCUCUAGUUUAAAUGAUGGAGAUUGGAGUUGUAAUCUGUAUCAGGAUGGGGCGAGGGGUGGUGUGUGUGUGUGUGU